ACCUCUUCCUGGAGUCUUCGCCUAAUAGGCGCCCGGCACUCUGUGGCUGCUGAGUGGAUAAAGUGAACGCUGUGUUUUGGCGGGUUGGGAGGGAAGAUGGCGGCGGCCGUGCCCUCAGUUGCCGGGAUGUGGGUCUUUGCAACAGCGGGUCGGAGACGUCAGGCCGCAGAGUAGGGGGCUGUGACUCCCCCGGCCCAGCGCCCUCCAUUACUGCACACAUCUACUCCGGUGUCCGAGCUCUCCAUUACCGGGGAGUUGGUGCUCGGUCAACGCUACACCGCGGCUUGUCCUCCCGCCGCCAGCAUGCAGGCCGCCGCGCCCCGGCCCCAGUACCACUCCUGGCAGAGAGAGCACCUGUGGAUGGCGCUGCUGGCGCUGGGCUUCGAGGCUGGAGCGGAGGCUGCUGCUUUUGGUAGAACCUUGGCCCAUGUCACCUUUGGAGUCAACAUGUUUGAUAAGCCCAAUAAGGACGCUUCUUAUGUUGUCUUCCACUUCUUGUUUGCAAAACUGGAUAACGUGCGAUGUAAGGAAGUUUUCAGGUUUUGGCCUCUAGACAAGAAGAAGGAUGCAGAGUUCAGAAAAGCAGUAUGUGACUGGUUGAAGAAAAUUUCUGAAGACGUUGGUAAUGGCUUUCCUCAAGUUGUAGCAUCAAUCUUUCUUUCACCAGGAGGUCCGAAGUUUGUGCAUCUGUUGUACCACUUUGCAAGAUAUGUUUUAUUACAGCAUAUUAAAAGAGAUGUUGACAGUGGCGAUUCGUAUAUCCCAGAUUCUCUGCAAUGUAGGAUUCAGGACCCACAGAAAGCUGUUGCUAGAAGUAAGGUGGCUCGUCGUAGAUACCUGCUAACACUGCAGAGAGAAAACAUUGUAAUAGGACAGUAUCAGAAAAAAUCACAGUUGCUUGUAAAACAUAUAAGGGACUUGCGCUCUGAGUAUGCAAGAUUGCAGACUCAAUACAGAGCAUUACAAAAAGUUGAAAUGAACAGUUGCAAGUGGGAUUCUAAGAUAAAGGAGAUCCGUUCUAUGUGGGACACUGUUAUGCGUACCAUGCAAGCUGUUGAUCAGGAAGUGGAAGUUGUUGAUUCAGUUCUUGGAGUAGAUGUGGAUCAGUACUGUCUGGAUGGGUCUAAUGUUGCCCUAAACAUACCCAAUGUUUUGGUGACCAGGAUUGAGCGUGAAAUGCACAUGUUGCAGAUGGAGAAUGUGUAUGAAGCUGGAAAAGUAAAUCUUGUAACCGUAAUACAGUUGCUUAAUGAAGCCUUAAAAAUAGUGAAGCUCGAACACUGUCACAGUGGUGGUGAAGAGAUUCAUGUCGAUCUUCAAUAUCUUGCAACAAAGCUGAAGUUUGAAACGGAAGUUCUUGCUAGGUUAAAACACAUGAGACAUAAAAUAAAAAGGGAAGAUCUUGUAAAUAUUAACAAAUCCAUUGCUGAUGCAGAGAGGGACUGGGAGAAAAAAUGGAAGCGGAUUCUAGGAAAGUCGCCUUUUGUAAUCUUCAAAGGAUUGAACCCUGUCCUAGAACUGCAGCCACCUCUUGAUCCUUUUUCAUUUGACCCUGCAGCAGAAGAAGAAUUAAGCAGCAGUGUAUUUAACCAAUACCCAGUGACCCUUCCAGACUCUUCAAACAAAAAUCCUGAUAUUAAGGACAAAGAUUACAAUGACUCCUUUAUGAGUUUCAUGGAUGAUGCAUUAUUCACACCCUCUAGAAGGAAAUCUCUGCCAUUUCUUAACCAGGUGACACCCAUUACGCGCAGGAUGUCCCUGAAUGAAAAGGAAUUUCACACUCCCGUUGUUAAUGUAAAAGACCGUCUCACACAUACAACUCCAAACUCUGCACCGCAAAAAUGGUUAGAUAGAAGUUGGAGACAAACUGCAAGUGGCAGCCUGCGUCACACUCCAACGCCAUGCAAACAGGAUGCCAUGAGUGCUGCACGGAUGCAGCUUGCACAACAGGUUGCUGAUUACAUCGUUAAUGAAUCUCCAAGAUCAGUAUCUGGACGAGGAACGGAGCUUGAUGAUUUAAUUGGCAUGUUAUCAUCUGAUCCUUUCUUAUCCAGAAAGGAGAUUCCUCGUACUCCAGAAAAUUUAAUUUCAGAUAUUCGAACCUCAUGGAGAAAAGCCAUCCAGAGUGAUGAAUUUUCCAGUGUGUCCAGUCCAGUAGAAGAGCCAUGUAUGGAGUUGCCUACGGAGCAGGAGUCUACCCACUGCAGUCAGGUAGACCUGAGCAUGGCUUGCUUCUUGUCUACCUCUCAUGUGUCUGAGCAGAAUGAGUCACCUGAUAAGAGAGUGUCUGCAAGCACUGGUAAGCCAGACAUGCACCAGCAAGUAAGCUUUAGUAAGGGCACCCUUCCUUACCUGGCAUGUGACACAAACACUGCACAAGAAGAGUUUGUCCAGUUAAUGGACCAUGAUAUUGUGAAGACUUCAGUGUCACGGCCUGUUGAAGAGAAGAACCAAACCUUUACAUUUGAAAACCAGUUCUCUAGUAAAUUAAUGGACAACACAAUGCUUAUAUGUGCACCGAGUCAAGAAAAUGCUUCUGCACAGACAACUCUGUCAUGGAAUUCCUCUAAUAUAGUAGAUUAUAGCAAUAGUUCAGACAGUCAUGAGGUAAUUCAAUUUGGCAUUCUACACGAAACGCUUCCAGAAGGAGUCGGGAACAUAAGUCUUAACAGCACAACUAGUGCAGAGAAUUCUGAAGCAGACAGAGACCACAAAGUACCAAGUAAUGACCCACUUUUGGACAAUACUGAGUGUAGUUGGAAAACUUUGCAGCAUAAAUUGGACCUCCAUUCUAUACGCACUCGAUAUGAAGCACUUAAAAGGAACUUUUUUACAUCCUUGACAGAUGCCGAGAAUGGUGAGGAGCAGACUCCUUUGAGAGGUGUUGCAAAGCACAAAUCUGAGUCAAGUCUUCUAACAGAGUCUGGAAAUUUGUUCAGUCCUAUAGACAAAGGGCUAACAGAGGUAAUGACUCCAUCACCAAGAGGGAGAAAGCUUUCUCUCCCACAGCUGAUAUCAUUUUCUCCAAAUAAUGAAAGACUACAUGCCAAGGCUACAGAUGAGACGGACGUCUUUCAUUCACAGUGCGCUACAGCUCUGAAUGAAACCUUCGACUUCAUGGAUUCUGUAUCGGACCUUCAAAAAAGUACAGUGGAAGGUGUGGGGCAACUAGUAAAAUUGUAGAUUAUUGAAGAUACUUUAUAUUAUAUGAACUUAAUAUAUGUAAAUAAAUAUUAACUUUGCCAUAAA